AUGACACGCCUCCGCUAUUUGUGCAAUGCCUCCCCCGGGACGCGCAGUGGCGCUGCGCCUCCGUCGAGGCUUUUGUCGGGCGCGAAGGGGCGCGCAGACUUCUGGGGAUCCUCCGACAGUCGGCGGCGCACAGGGCGGCGGCCGUCUGCCCCACAGGCUCUCCCACCCAUCACCCUGGCCCUCCUUUGCUUGGAUGGCGUCUUCCUCUCCCCGACGGAGAAUGACUUCGUGCACCGCGUCCAGGAAGAGCUGGACCGCUUCCUGCUGCGGAAGCAGCUGUCCAAGGUCCUUCUUUUCCCCCCACUCUCCAGUCGCCUUCGGUACCUGAUCCAUAGGACGGCAGAGAACUUUGAUCUUUUGAGCAGCUUCUCUGUUGGGGAAGGCUGGAAGAGGAGGACGGUCGUCUGUCACCUGGACAUCAGGUUACCCAGUUCAGAUGGACUCUCUGGCCCCUGCCGCCCUCCUGCCUCCCACCCCAGCAAGUCCCGAGGUCCGUGGCCCACCUCAAACCAGGGACCGGCUGCUGGUCCCCGAGGGGCGCGGGCAGGCAGGGGGCGGGGGCAUCGAGGACGCAAGCCGGACCAGGCUUUGUACGUGCCUCGGGUACUGCGCAGGCCAGAAGAAUGGGCUCCAACCCCUACCCCGGGGCACAAGGUUGACGUUCCUGCUGGCAGACUCCUGGAAGAGCCUGGAGAUGUUGGUGCUGGGGACCCCAGUGCCGCUCAGGAACCUCCUGUGUUGAAGACUCAGGCAACAGAGGACCUACAGGGCCCCGGCCCGCCAUGCGAGAAUGAGCAGCUGCAGGACCCAGGGGGAACUGAGCCCUCGGGGCCUGGGAGCCACUCAGGGACCGGAGACAGCCUGGAGAAGGCCACACAGCCUUUGUCCGGUGCGCAGCUGGACUUGGAAGAGCGGAAUGGGAGUGAGCUGGAGAAGAGUGUGGCAGCAGAGGAGGAAGAGGAAGAGGUGGAAGUUGAGGGGCCUGGCAGCUUCUCCGAGGAAGAUUACAGUGAGCUGCUGCAGGAGAUAACGGACAACCUGACCCAGAAGGAGAUUGAGGUGGAGAAGAUCCAUGUGGACACAUCCUCCUUCGCAGAGGAGCUGCCGGGAGAGCAGGACUUUGCCCACGUGGUGGAGAUCUACGACUUUGACUCGAAACUCAAGACGGAGGACCUGCUGGCAGCAUUUUCCGAGUUCCAAGAGAAGGAGUUGAAGAUUCAGUGGGUGGACGACACGCAUGCGCUCGGCGUCUUUCCCUGCCUGUCCUCAGCUGCUGAAGCCCUGACCAGGGAGUUCUCCGGGCUCAAGAUCCGGCCCCUCACGCAGGGAAGCAAGCAGUCGAAGCUGAAAGCCUUGCAGAGGCCAAAGCUCCUGCGUCUGGCGAAGGAGAGACCACAGACAAGUACAGCCGUGGCCCGGAGGCUGGUGGCCCGGGCCCUGGGGCUUCAACACAACAAGAAAGAGCGGCCUGCUGUUGAGUCUCCUACCUCCCCGAGGCCCUGAGAGGCCCGGCCAGCCUGAAUCAACACCCCGUGACAAGCUGGUACCUCAACACCACAAGCCUUUUCAUAUCAGCCCUGUCCUCCCGUUGGAGCGUCACUGUGGGGCGUGGUGGGCUUCAAUUUGGUCUACUUCCAGAAGUUGAGAAAAAAUAAACACUUAAAGUUGUCAUAAUC